GGCGGCGCCUCCUAAGCAUUAACCGUUAGGCGGACGGAGUGGGCGCGGUGCUCCGUCCUGUCCGUUGUGGCCUCCUGCGGGAGCGCGCGUGCACGCUCGCGCCUCGCCCUCCUUCUUCUCUCUCUUUGUGUCCUUACCUGUCUCGGGCCGGUCUCGUCAUGGAAGCGCAGAAAGAAGCUCUGCAGAGGAUUAUUUCCACCCUGGCACACAAAAAUGAUGAAAUCCAAAACUUCAUUGAAACACUAAAUCACACAUUGAAAGGUGUCCAGGCUAAUGCUUCUGGUGUAAUUGGUGAGCUGGAUGAGGAGUUUGAUGGUUUGUAUUCAAUACUAGAUGAGAUGAAGGAGAGCAUGACUACCAGUAUCAAACAAGCAGAGGCUCAUAAAACUCAAGAACUUCAGAGUCAACUUAGUCAAUGUAGUAAAGCCCUUGAGAACUCUGAAGAAUUGCUAGAAUUCGCUACACGGUCACUGGACAUAAAGGACACUGAGGACUUUUCAAAGGCUGCCAGACAGAUCAAAGAUAGAGUUACAAUGGCUCCAGCAUUUCGUCUCUCUUUGAAACCCAAAGUGAGUGACAACAUGACACACUUGAUGGUGGACUUCUCUCAGGAAAGGCAAAUGCUCCAAGCUCUCAAGUUCUUGCCAGUUCCUAGAGCUCCAGAAAUAAUUCUAGAAGAUUGUCUUGUAGCUGACAACUCUGUAACAAUAUCAUGGCAAAUGCCAGAAGAAGACAACAAAAUUGAUCACUAUAUACUAGAAUACAGAAAAACCAAUUUUGAUGGACUUCCUCGAGUAAAAGAUGAGAGGUGCUGGGAGUCCAUAGACUACAUUAAGGGCACAGAAUACACAUUAUCAGGUCUGAGGUUUGAUUCAAAGUACAUGAACUUCCGUGUCAGAGCUUGCAACAAGGCUGUGGCAGGAGACUAUUCUGACCCGGUGACUUUAGAGACCAAAGCUCUUAUUUUCAAUCUGGACGGUUCCUCAUCUCAUAUUAACUUGAAAGUUGAAGAUUCCUACGUUGAAUGGGAUUCUACAGGAGGCAAAGGCCAGGAGAACAAAAUAAAAGGAAAAGAGAACAAAGGCAGUGGCCAGAUUACCCUCCUGAAGAACAAUACAAGAAGUGGAACUCCAUCUCCAAAACGGUCAUCUGUUAGUUCACGCUCUCCAUUGAUAAGAGGCAGCAGAGAUCGGUUUACUGGGGAAUCGUAUACAGUCCUGGGAGACACUGCUAUUGAGAGUGGACAGCACUACUGGGAAGUGAAAGCCCAGAAAGACUGUAAAUCCUAUAGCAUGGGAGUGACGUAUAAAAAUUUGGGGAAAUUUGACCAGCUGGGCAAAACUAAUACAAGCUGGUGUGUGCACAUCAAUAACUGGCUUCAGACAACUUUUGCAGCCAAACACAAUAAUAAAGCAAAGGUACUAGAUGUUGUAGUUCCAGACAGGAUAGGAGUCUACUGUGACUUUGAUGGAGGUCAGCUUUCAUUCUAUAAUGCAAGCUCAAAGCAACUGUUGUAUACCUUCAAAACAAAAUUUACCCAACCACUAUUACCAGGCUUCAUGGUCUGGUGUGGUGGUCUCACAGUGACAACAGGACUGCAGGUGCCAACAGCUGUGAAAACGCUACAGAAGAGUGAAAAUGGAUUGAGUGGUUCAGCUAGUAGCCUAACCAAUGUCGCCCAGUGAUGUUGCUGCUAUAGGUUAACUAAUGUUUUGCUGCAAGUGAAAUUAAGGAGAGCUUGCAAGCAAUGGUUUUAUGUGUUCCUGCUGCUUCUAAAGCCUGAGCACUAAUUUGUGCAGAAUACUUGGGCCUGAGUGGAAUAUUGGCAGGAGCAUACUGUGACAGUGUAAUAGGAAAUAGACUGAUCUUUUUUUAAAAAAAGAAAAGAAAAAAAGAGGGGCAUAGAGGUAACUACAAGUAUGUGACUAUUUCUAUUAGACUGAACUUGAUUACUUGUGGCUGCUUCAUCUUUUCAGUAUGAUAAGGAUAAGUAUGAUCUUAGUCUAAAAUCUGCAUUGCUUUCCUUCUCUUGUCAAUUUCUAGCACUUGUCCCUUUGACCUUGACAAAAAGUAGAUAAACUGGGGAUCCUACACAAAAGCUUUAAAAAUGAGAACCUUCUGGACCCAAUUUGAACCUACAGAUUUUGACAGAGUGGGGAAAGAUACAUAUACUUACAUUUGGUCACUGUUCUUUCAUUCAGGGUAGAUAGUAUACCAUCAGGCAUCAUGGCUUACUUUAACAAGGUUUACCAAGUCUGUGUAGAUAAUGCAUUCUAAACCUAUUUUGGGUGCUGUGUCAACAAGCCAUGCAGAAUAUGAAAUGGGUUAUCACCUGGUUAUGAAAGAUUAUAGUAUUGCUGACCAGUUUAGCACAGGAAAGUUUUGAAGUAUUUCUGCUUCUCCCCCCC